AUGUCUACUAUAUCCGAAAAGGGCUCGUUCAGCCGCUCCCUUCCCGACGAGCACAAAGAGGUGACUGUCGUGGACGAGACUGUUCAUGUUCCCGGCUACGAUGCCACUCUCCAGUUUGACACCCGCGAAGCGCGGCGAGCCGUGCGAAAGGUGGACUUUUUUAUCCUCCCUCCCAUCGUCCUCUGCUUCUGCUUCCUACAGUUUGAUCGCAGCAACAUUGGCAACGCCCUCACCGACAGCCUCCGCAAGGACAUCAACGUUGGCAACAUGCAGGUCAAUCUGGCGCAGACACUGUUUACGGUCGGCUUCGUCAUCACCGAGCUGCCGUUCAACAUGAUUAGCAAGUACAUUGGUCCCGAGCGCUUUCUUCCCAUCACAAUGUUCCUUUGGGGCACCGUCACCUGGUCGCAAGUCUUCAUGAAGAAUGCUGCCGGCCUCUACGCGUGUCGGUUCUUCAUCGGCGCGCUCGAAGGUGGCUAUAUUCCCGGAUUCGCCCUGUACAUCUCAAAGUUUUAUACAAAUCAGGAGCUCGCAUUUCGAUACUCGAUUUUCUGGGCCGCGAAUAGCUUUGCUGGAGCGCUGGGCGGACCAUUGUCCAUCGGCCUGCUGUCGCUUCGUGGACAGGGCGGGCUCAAAGGAUGGCAAUGGCUUUUCCUUAUUGAGGGCGUUCUCACUUGCUUCUUGGGAGUCGUCGCCUAUUUAUACUUUCCUCACAAUGCGGCCAGACCGAAGUCUCUGUUCGGCAAAUCGUUUUCCAUUUUUACGCCCCGCGAGGCAUCCAUCCUCGUCACGCGUGUGAUACGCAACGACCCGACAAAGGCACUGCGAUAUGGAAAACCAGUCUUGCCGUCGCACAUUUUAGACACUUUCAGUGAUUGGAGGCUUUACGGCCAUCUUGUCGCAGCCCUGCUUUCCAUGGUCAUGAUAUCGCCCAUGAACACAUAUGCACCAUCCAUUAUCAAAUCGCUAGGAUUUACCUCCCUGCAAGCGAAUGGGCUGAACUCUGUGGGCAGUAUAUGCGCUUUGAUUUGGUCCGUUGGGCUCGCCUUCAGCAGUGACCGAUUUCAAGAGCGCGGGUUCCAUAUUGCUGUAGGGUACCUCUGGGGCGCUAUCGGGCUCUUGUGGCUCGCAUUGGCACCAACUAACGUUGCGAAAUGGGUGCUUUACGGAGGUGUCGUUUGGACGCAAAUGGGCAUGGGCAGUGCUCAAGCCAUCAGUGCAGCUUGGCUGACUACCAAAAUGGAGGACUACAAGCGGCCGGUAGCUUUGGCUGCAUAUGUCAUGUCCAUUCAGCUUGCAAAUUUCCCUGGAAAUCAGCUGUUUCGCACACAAGAUGCACCUCGCUAUAGAUACGGCUUGCUUGUGGCGGCUUCUUGUGCGAUUGCCGCUACUGGCGUUAUCUUAGUGUGGAAGCUGCUGUACCGGCUGUUUGACGGUGGAGACUCCGGGGUCGAGGCAAAGAAAGAUCCUGAGUAUCGGCAAGCAGAAGCCGUCGUGUAG